AUGUCGAAAACAUUCUCGCGCGCCGAGGUCGCCAAACACGCCUCCGAAGACUCCGUCUGGUGCAUCAUCGAUCACCGCGUCUACGACCUCACAGAUUUCCUCGACGCCCACCCCGGCGGUAGUGUCGUCCUCGCCCAGGUCGCCGGCAAAGAUGCGACCGCCGAAUUCUACAACCUUCACCGUCAAGAGGUCCUCGAGAAAUACCGUGAUGAGCUCUGCAUCGGGACCGUAGAGGGCGAAACCCCCGAGAUUGCCCCCCGCGAACCCGGCAGCCUCAGUGAAGUCCCCUAUGCCGAGCCCCUCUGGCUGCGUCCGGAUUUCAAGAACCCCUACUAUAAGGAGAGCCAUCGUCGGUUGCAGCGCGCCGUGCGCGAGUUCACCGAUCGUUAUAUCUACCCCGAAGCGCAGGAGAAGGAGAAGGAUGGCACAUAUAUCAGCCAGGAGUUGAUCGAUCGCAUGGCGGAGGCUGGUAUUCUGGCUAUGCGCUUGGGCCCCGGAAAGCAUUUGCAUGGUCGCAAGUUGCUGGGUGGUGCUGUUGAUGGAAAGGAGUUCGACUAUCUGCAUGAUUUGAUCAUUUCGCAGGAGCUGAGCCGAGCGAACGCCAGAGGCUUCUCGGACGGAAACAUGGCUGGUAUGGCGAUCAGUUUGACCGCUGUUCAGCAGUGGUUGCGCAAUGUCCCUCUUCGCAACCAGAUCACCGACGAGGUUCUGUCGGGCAGAAAGAAGAUGUGUCUUGCCAUCACCGAAGCUUUCGCCGGUAGUGACGUGGCUGGACUGCGCACCACGGCGACAAAGACUCCAGAUGGCAAGCACUACAUUAUCAACGGCACCAAGAAGUGGAUCACUAACGGCAUGUUCGCCGACUACUUCGUUGUGGGCUGCAAGACCGAGAAGGGCUUCUCGGUGAUUCUGGUCCCCCGCGGCGAGGGCGUCGAGACUAAGCUGAUCAAGACCUCCUACUCGACCGCCGCCGGUACGGCAUACAUUCAGUUCGAGAACGUCAAGGUCCCUGUCGAGAACCUCCUGGGUGAGGAACACAAGGGCUUCAUCGUCAUCAUGAGCAACUUCAACCACGAACGUUUCAUGAUGGCCUGUGGCACCAUCCGCAUGGCCAUGACGGUUGUUGAGGAGUGCAUGAAAUGGUGCAACCAACGUAUUGUCUUCGGCAAGAAGCUGAUUGAACAACCUGUCAUGCGACAAAAACUCGCCCGAAUGAUCUCUCUCUGCGAAUCCAACCAAGCUUGGCUGGAAUCCAUCGCUUACCAGAUGUGCAACAUGACCUACAAGGAACAAGCGACUCAUCUGGGUGGCCCCAUCGGCCUGCUCAAAUCGCACGCAACCCGCGCCGCGCAGGAGAUCGCUGAGCAAGCGACAAACAUCUUCGGCGGUCGUGGUCUGACCCAGACUGGCAUGGGCAAGGUCAUCGAGAUGUUCCAUCGCACGUACAAGUUCGACGCGAUCUUGGGUGGAACAGAGGAGAUUCUGGCCGAUUUGGGCGUGCGACAGGCUAUGAAGAAGUUCCCUAAAGCGAUGUUGUAA